CUUCCUGGGGAGGGAGGCCGGAUAAUGGCCAGCGGGGGCUUCAGAGCACGCUCUGCCCCUUGCGGACCUUUAGGGGCCUGGGGAAGUGCGGCUUUAGACUCUGGGAGCCCGGCUCUGCGUGUCUUGGCCUGGAUGGAAAAGCCCGGCAGCGCGCCAAGAAGCUGUUGCGCACAGACAGGACCUUCCCUGUCUCUGAUAGUGACAUACGGCAGGAGCCCAGCGUCAGGUGCGCCCCUAGCACUGCCGGUCCGCCCAGAGCCAGCUGGGCGGCACCCGCUGGGAGACCCCCCGGGCUCUAUACGGCCUCCUUGAAGGCCCCCUUUCCGGCCGGCUCCAGGAGACUCAGGAACCAUCAUGAUGCAGGACGAGUCUCUGGGUCGUCCGCGCUCUUCACUAAGUGCUCUGUUGCUGUGCAGCCUUUCGGCCAGCAUGGCCCCCACGCUGCAGGUGGCGUUCAGGAGGCGCUGGUGGAUGGCAGGCACCGCGGUGCUGGAGAACCUCUUCUUCUCUGCGGUGCUCCUGGGCUGGAGCUCCCUGCUGAUCAUGCUCAAGAACGAGGGCUUCUAUUCCAGCUUGUGCCCAGCUGAGAACAUCACCAACACCACCCAGAAUGAGCAGCACCAGUGGCUGAGCUGUAACCAACAGGAAAAGAUGCUCAACCUGGGCUUCACCAUCGGCUCCUUUGUGCUCAGCUCCACCACUCUGCCUCUGGGGAUCCUCAUGGACCGCUUCGGCCCCCGGCCCACGAGGCUGGUUGGCAGCACCUGCUUUGCCGUGUCCUGCACCCUCAUGGCCUUGGCCUCUCGUGACACCAAAGUUCUGUCUCCAUUGAUAUUCCUGGCUCUGUCCCUGAAUGGUUUUGGUGGCAUCUGCCUAACGUUCUCUUCACUCACACUGCCCAACAUGUUUGGGAAUCUGCGCUCCACUGUCAUGGCCCUCCUGAUCGGCUCCUAUACCUCUUCUGCCAUCACAUACCCGGGAAUGAAGCUCAUCUAUGACGCUGGCGUGUCCUUCAUGGCCAUCAUGUUCACCUGGUCGGGCCUGGCCUUCCUCAUCUUUCUGAACUGUGUCCUCAACUGGCCCAAAGAAUCCUUUCCCUCGCCGGAGGACGUCAACUACAAGGAGAAGAUGAAGCUCAGAGAGCUGGCCCUGGAUCACAAGGUGACAGGUGACCGCUUCUACACCUAUGUGACCAUCGUGGGCCAGCGGCUGAGCCAGAAGGCCCCCAGCCUGGAGGAGGGGGCUGACAUCUUCAUUUCAUCCCAGGACGUUCGUGGCAUCUCAGAAAAGUCUGCUGAGAGUCUCACGGCACCCCUUCACAGAGGGUCUGUCCCCUUGCGCAAAAGCCUCUUCUCUGCCAUUUUCCUGUGGAGCCUCCUCACCAUGGGUGUGACCCAGCUGCGAAUCAUCUUCUUCAUGGCCUCCAUGAACAGGAUGCUGGAGUACCUCGUGAUCAGCGGCCAGGAGCAUGAGACGGAAAACCUGAAGCAAAGGGUGACAGAGACAGUUGAAUUCUACUCCUCUGUCUUUGGGGCCGCGCAACUGUUGUGCGUCCUCACCUCCCCCCUCAUUGGCUACAUCAUGGACUGGAAGAUCAAGGACUGCGUGGACAUCCCCACCAAGGCCCCUGCCAGGGAUGGUGCGGCCACCAACUCCGUCAGACCGCGCUACCUCAAGAUCCAGAAGCUCACCAAUGCCAUCAACGCCUUCACCCUGACCAAUCUGCUGCUCGUGGCGUUUGGCAUCACCUGCCUCAUCAACAGCUUACACCUCCAGUUUUUGACCUUUGUCCUGCUCACCGUGAUUCGAGGCUUCUACCACUCGGCCUGUGGGGGCCUCUAUGCUGCAGUGUACCCAACCAACCACUUCGGGACACUGACAGGCCUGCAGUCUCUCACCAGUGCCAUGUUCGCCCUGCUCCAGCAGCCACUCUUCAUGGCCAUGGUGGGGCCCUUGAAAGGAGAGGCCUUCUGGGUGAAUCUGGGCCUCCUGCUCUUCUCACUCCUGGGAUUCCUGCUCCCUUGCUACCUCUUCUGCUACCGUGCCCAGCUCCAGAGGGAGUAUGCCACCCACUGGGAGGACCCCCCAAAGGGGCCUGCCAACCCCAAGGUGACAGCGUAGACCUCUGAGCCGAGGGACCUGGAAGAAGGCCACUGAGGCCAGCGCAGCCAAAGGGAGUGCCUCGUGGCUUUUCUACCUGUAACCUCCGCCCAGAGCUAGGGGCUGUGGAUUUAUAAAUACGGACAGAAGUUCUGUUUUUGUAGAGACUUGCUAAAAGGAAAAAAAAAAAAAAAAGAUUUCCCAAA